ACCUGCGCCCAUCCCAACGCCAUGGAGUGCGAGGCGAUCGGCACGGAGCUCAACCUGCCGCUCAAGGUGGUGCAGAUCUGGUUCCAGAACACCAGAGCCAAGGAGAAGCGCUGGAGACUGCAGCAGGAGAAAAUGUCUCCUGUGUCGGGCGGGAAGGUGGACAUGAGCUCAGGAAGCUACCUGCAGUACAGCGCUCUCAAAGCCAACCGGCCCAUCCUGCCCAAGCCGGUCCAGCUCACGGUCACAGAACCCGCCGGGUCCCCGGUGGCCGGUCAGCCGGUGCCCAAAGAGACCCUGACCGGACGCUGCGACGCCUGCAACGUCUCCUUCGAAUCCCGGGCCGCAGCGAGAGCCCACGUCUUCUCGCCGUGUCACCUGGCCACCCUGAGAACCACUAACUUUGGCCAGCCGAUGGCGCUCGUCAACAAGAACGCGAGCGGGAACGGCACGUCCGGCAGCGCCGUGUCGGGCUCGCAGGUCUCUCUUUCCACUACUGUAACCAGCUCCGGCGCCGCUUCCGGGGCAGACGCGGUUAUCGAAAUGCCUCCAGCGACGGCCACCAGCAAAAGUUAAAAACUCAGAUCAGGAUUGGUCUGCACACUGACUCGUCGGGCCCGUUUGGGCUCCUUCACACUUUAAUAAAUUUUGAGCACUAAUCCUCAAAAACUAAUUGAGUUUUUGACGUCGGCUCCCUUCCUGCAUCUGCUUCCCUCUUGCUCAACCCUCACUGACUCGAUGUCCGUUAAUCCAUAGAGCUCACCUGGAAAUCGGGUCCCUCAGCAGACUCUUUCCAUGCUGCUUGUCGCCGCCCGAUUCCCACACACUUCUCCUCCAUGCAGUUUUGGUCCUAACCCUGUGGUCACAUAUUAACUUACUACAACCUUCCUAAAAUUUGUAAAGACACUCAACGUGCCGUGCUUGAGCUGUUCUGCCCUGAAGACUGAUGCAAGCGUUUCCUUUUUUGGGGGCCCGGAAACACUUUUUGGGAU